AUGGCUGGCUGCUUGCUCCUUGCGGACGACAAUCGGUUCCUCUUUUGCUACCUCCUUCCUACGGUCUACAGUGUGUUCGCCCACGAAUUGACCAACAAUACGGAUUUCAUCCGUCUCAUUGUGAGCAAAAUUGACCCCAGUCAGGCGAACUACCUCGUGUGUGAGAUACUGCGCGGUCAUCUCAACUUCUUCCAUCGUUCCAACAUUACGGAUGUGCUAAAGGCCAGUUUGGAAUGGACCUCCAUGGAGCAAUUUUUCUUCUGGCAACUCGUGAAUGCGCAUGAACUGCCCACCCGCAACUUCCUACCCCUCAUAUCUUUGGUUAACGAUCAAAAACACCCAGAAGCCUGCCUCCAUUUGCUGCUCUUGUUGCAACUGGAAAAGUGA